AAUUCGGGUUAACCUCGACCCGAUGUCCGUCUACUACGAGUGAGCGAGUGACCAAUUUGCAUAUCCUAGUCCCUGCAAUAACUCGUGGUACGCUCGCGCGUUCCAACGAGUUAAAAAAAAUAGGAAUAAGAGGUGCAAUCGCCUAGCAACACAUGUCUCCUUAUUUAGCGCUAAAAAUCGGAUAUAUCAACAAAACACACACACACACACACAAAUACACAAAGUGGAGCUGAAAACUCUCUAUUUCAAUUUUGACUCACCAUUACAAAAGCGUUUUCUCCGUUCUUUCUCGAGGAAACGACUAACUAUUGAAGUCUCAGCGCCCCGCUUGAUGAGCUUAUAUUCUUGUCAAUUCACGCGCCGUUAGUCAGUUAGUUAUGCGAGACUUGAAUUGACCACUUCAGAAAUACCAUAACAUACCAUAAUACUCUUUCUUUGUCACUCCAAAAUUUUGCAUAAGCAUUAUCUUCAGUUUCUCUUGGGAGUUAAAAUGGCCCCAAGAGAAACUGAAAACAAUGCUUAUGCAAAAUUUGGGGUGACAAACAAAGAGCAUUAUGGUAUGUUAUGGUAUUUUCUGGAGGGGUCAAUACGAAUUAGUUCAUCUCUACAGCUAGACCCAAGGGAGCCCCUUGACGUAUUAUUAUAUAAACAAUUUUAAGUAAUGAUCCAGGUAAGAAGGGAAGCAAUUUCUUUUGUUGUGGCGCAAUACGCUUUCCUCACAUAGAAAUGUAAUCAUUUUUACGCAGAGAGUGCAUCAAUCUACAAAAAGGCUGUUUACGAAAGAAAAUGUAUUUAAACUCCACUUUUAAAGGGUGUAUUUUUGUGUUAAAACAUUUCGACCAAUCACAAGAGUUGCAAACAAUGGCCAAGAAAUGUUCACAGUUUUACAUGAUCCGCACAUACGAUUUCUGUGUUACUUAGACUCAGACGAGAUUUUGUUAUAAGGAAGUUGGAUAGAAAAAAAGGGAUUAAUGUACAUGCUGCUUUGCGAAGAUUUCGUAAAAUUUGAUGUUUAAACCAAUCAGAACCUUAGUAGAGACAAUAGUAAAGUUAGCACCUUUUUGCAUUCCAACGUGUUCACUGCGUUUUGGUCCUUUCCUUCUUAUCUGGACCAUUACUUAAAUAACUUAACAAGGAUCAAUUAAAGCAUGCGACUAAUGAUUGCUAGCAAUAAAACCACAAGACAGAUACCGUUUUAAAAACUGUAUUAAAAACCAAUAACAAAAAAAGAGUCAAAUACACAGCGAUUUGAAAGGAAAAGGAAUGAAAAUUAAUCCUUUGACUGACUAUUACAAAUCCGUUUUUUCCGUUCUAUUUCGAGGAAUAAUAAAUAAUCCUUCCGUGUAUACACAAUUUUCCUAUGGCCUCUAAGCCAAGAGUUCGACUUUCUUUGUUUCUUGCGCUUUGUCUUGUUCUUUGUAGUCGGUCUUUUAGCUUUUGCUUUAAAAGAGGCUUCAUUUCUCUGUGAUCUGGACAGUUCGUAGUACACCGUUUCUUGUGUCUAUGUGUCUUGCGAUAGUGAUUUUUUCCGGAAUUAUCCGCUUCACUUUCGUAAACGACGACUUUAACUUCGCCUCUUGUAAAUAAUGUCUUCGCUGUAUGUGGUCUAACUGAUGAACAUCCGCGAGAUGGUUAGCUAAUCUGACAAGGCACUUCGCCCCACACGAUGAAACAGGACAGUUUCUGGAAACUCUCUUGUAAACCAUGUUGACAGUUCGAUGGCUGAACACAAAUUACAUCUUUUUCGCAAUUAGUCAGGUUAUAUAGAGUGUCAGAAAGGCCGUAACCAGGCCUGAAAGGCCAAAAGGGACAAAAGGAGACGAACGGGCCAUUUCUGGUCAUGUGUCUUUAUUUUCUCAAACACACGCGUGGGUUUCGCGCGUCGCUAGUCACGCAACAGCUCUCAACAUUGGAAUCAUCAUCUUUAUUCAGUGUAAUCGCAAAUAAAAGUGCCUGAUUAAAAAAGUUUUGAUCGUGAAUUAGUAAUUGGUAUUUCAAAUUUCAGAUUUUUUAUUUAUUGUAUCAGUUUACUAUUAUUGUUAUUAUUUUCAAGUCAGCAAUAAAACACUCUUAAAGUUUGGUUGUUUACAGUUUUUAUUGAAACGCAACAAUACAAAGGUCUAGGAAAAAUAAUUCUAUAACAUUCAUAGUUGGACUAGUCUUCAUCUUGUUUUUAUCCGGGAAUUGUCAUGUGCGUGAAAAUAAAAUGAAAAGCAAGAGCCACUAUGGCCUUUAGUGAAAGGACAUUUUGGGUAAGAAUUUUUUUUGGAGGGGGUGGAAGCAGAAGAGGGAGGGAGGGGAAGGGGGCGAGUGGGAACAAAUAGGUCGGCGGACAGGUAAAGAAGAAAGAUCUUGCCGCCUGAUCAGCAUGUUAGGGUCGCACUCACAGCGUUAAAAAUCUGCCUUGUUAACUCUGAAGUUAUUAUCUUGCAACACACCGACCAAUGUCUUAUUAUGUUCCCAUAGGUGCUGUUAAGUACGCUUUUUACACCUUGUUUUUGUUUGUUUGGCCACCAUCUUGAGAGAAGACAGCCUCUCCCUUGGGAGUAGCAUGUUCACGAUAGUGACUUUUAAAGCGUGCUCAAUACCCAUUUUUCAGAUUACUGAUCCAUAAAUAAAAUCCUAAUUAAAGAAAUAUAAACAAUGACAUCAUACCCACAUAAGGAUAACACACACAUAAUUAAAAUAAACUACGGCAUCAUCAUGCCUGAAAAAUUAUGACAUCACCAUGACCAAGUAGGGACAUGAUAUCACUUUUCUAUUUAUAGAUGAUCUAUCAUCUCAACAUUUUUUGAUGACGUCAACCCCUGGGUAUUGUGACGUCACUUGCUCCUUGUCUACUGAACAUAAUCAGAUCGCCGACUUAGAUACAUCUCAUGAGUUCGAAACUGUUUUCUAAAUGGGCUGGGACAUCGGUUUAAGGGCGUUUGCGCAAAGCCAUGAAAUGCAUUGGAUGGGUCCAUUGAAUCAUUCUUAAAUUGUAGCCUCUGUCUUUUCGGUUUUAGAAUGUAUUGGGGUACAAAUUGCAUGGCAAUGGCACGUUGUUUUCCUUUCUCGUGGCUACUUUUACCGUUAAGAGAAAGAAAUAAUUUCACGGUUAAUUUAAAAACAUAUAUUGUAUUGUAUUGACAGUUUUUCAACGUACAAAAUUAUGUCCUUUUUAGCCUUGGGUUUAUUCUUAUCAUAUUCUUAAGAUUUUGCAAAUUUCAGCCUCGAUAUUCUUAUAAAAUAUACUCUAAAAGCAAAAAAGACAUUAGUGUAAUGAAACCUUAACAGUCCUAACAGUGAGUGACAAACUUGAACGUUUCCAAAAACAACCAAAUUUCUUUUGUUAAAGUCCUAAGAAGCAGAAUUUCUGCGAAAGAGGUUUCAUUUGAAUCGUGGUGGAUGGUAUCACCAUUACAUGCCCGCAAACGCAUACGUAAUUUCCGACCGUCGCUCUCGGGACAACCAACGGAAAUGUCACUAGCGACGGAGUCGGAGUCGUAAGCGAAGCCGUAAGAGCGCUUAUGACGUAGUAAAAAUAAAAAAUCGGAGUCGUAAGCGCGACUGAAUCGGAGUCAGAAGAAUCAGAACGUUUCCAUUUUUUCCGACUCCGCCUACGACCAUAGGCGCACGGGAAAUUGUUUGCCGGGGUGGGGGGGGCGGUAAACCAUUUGCCAAAAAAUUCUUGCAAGUAGCCCAAAUAUUUUCAAAACAGUCGAAAAGAAACGUGGGCCAUACGAUGCAACAACAUAGGCCGUAAUGGCAUAUGAAAGUGGCUCGACUUGAUACAGUUUUUCAAGGUCAAUACCUGCCAAGUUUGACAAUAAACUUCGUCGACAUAAACAAACAUUUGGAAAAAUUGCCACCAUAGUUGUGUUAGAUAAAGAUGAAAAUUUGUUAUGAUCAUGGUUGCAAUGACAUCGGAGUUGUCAUAGCAACGAAAUGACGCCCUUACCUAUUAUACUUGCAGCAAUUUUUCUCACUGGGAACUGUUCUUGCAAAAUAGUUCACAGGAGCUUUUUCCUCCAAUUCCUAGUCGCCUCGAUGUUCGCGAAGUUAAAACGGAAUCUGUAAGUGCGUUAUCGAGAUAUUUUGGGAUGAAGUUUUUAUCCUUAAAAAUACUGUAAAAAACAGUAACAUCUUGAUGUUUGGCCUUUAUCUGAAAAAAACGAGGUGCUUUUGACACGCAAUUUCACCUGAUAGAAGUUUCAAUCUUUUUAAAAACGUGUGAAAGGUCAUGGAGAUAGCUCUGGCCAAUUGCUACAAAAAAGGAUUUGAUUAGUAUGUAUCAUGGCGCUCUUGUUAGUGGUUUUGUAAACAUUUCGGUCUACUUUAACAAAUGAAUGAAUGAUUUUUAAACCGCUGGAUAGAUUUUGUUUAAAAAAUUAAGAUUCUUCUCGUAAUUCAAACUAAGAAUUAGUCAGCCACUUCUUCACUUUGAGACCCAUUGCUGAAGCUAUCUGCCAUACACUGUUCUACGAGCGGAAGUGAUUCUAGAAAGUUAUGCGAAAGUUUAUUCUAAUCAAUUCACGACUGGAAAAAGCCCAUUCCAGUUAGUGCAGUGCAGCACAGUGCCCAACAAUAAAAAAAUCAGCAUAUGAUACCCUUCACUAAUAACCAGAAACUCAUCACUUGCUAGGCAACCACUGUCUUGUGUGAAUGUAACUGGAUUAUUACGCCGACUUCAGAUUAAAAUAGAAAAUAUUCCUCUCUUCAAAAUAACAAUAAAAUAAACAUGGAAACGCCUUUAACAACUGGCUUUGCCCAAAUUUUCUCUUGCUGCCCAAACAAUCUGAGUUGCCCAAAAUUUGGGGGGGCUGCACGCCUAUGCCUACGACUCCGUUGCUUACGUUCCGCUUAUGAUCUAGUGAAAACCAGAUUGUCGGAGUCGGAAGCAGGAAACGAUAAACCAAUCGUUCCCACGCUUUGUGAUUGGUUUGGUUAUUCUGCUCCUACUUCCGACUCCGAUUCCAACUCCGACAAUCUGGUUUUCACUAGAUCAUAAGCGGAACGUAGGUGACGGCGUCGUAAGCGGAAUCGGAACGCUGUUUUCACUAGAUCAUAAGCUCUACACUUCUGAUAACGACUCGGACUCCGUCGCUAGUGAAAACCAGGGGUCAAGUUAAUAAAACUUUUACAGUGCAAUUUACAAGUAUAGCUUUUGUUUUCAGACUCUGAAACAAUGGCUACACUUGUAAAUUACACUUGUAAAAGUUUUAUUAAAUUGACCCCAGCUUUGACUCGUCCCAAGUCGUCUCUUAUCAUGGAAAGCUGAGGUCGCGUGGAGACAAAAAAGCGGACUGGGUACCAGUCAUACAAGGUUUCGAAUAUUUAAAAAAGGACGGGAGAUCUCACCAUAACUCAAUCUAGGAGUGAAAGGGUUGAUUAAAGAAGCCUGAAUUUGUGUCUGAAAUCCAGGCUAGGGUUAAAGUGCCAAGAGGAAUUUUCGCGUAUUCAGUUAUGCCACAAGAAUCGACAAUUUCAUUGGCGAAUACAGAACGAACAAAAUUAAUGAACUUUUGUAUGACCCACUUUGUUCCUCUUUUGUUCUCUGUUUUUUAUCUCCUCCCUCUGCCCCGUGCUUAUACGGUGGUGCGUGCCUGCCCUACCACUUCCACAUAUUCGGGGUUAACAUUUUCCGGCCUUUUAUCCCUCUUCUGCUCUAGCAUUAUUUACCUCUAGAAUAUCUGUUACACUCAGUUUCCCAUUCAAACGAAGCGCUGGUCGAAACGGCCUAGAACACUUAAAGUUAUUAUUGAACGACAUUGAUUAAAAUAAAGACUUUUAGUUAUCAUUAUUCAAGUGAUUAUUUGGUUGAAAAAUGGAGACACUGACAUCGAAUGAUAAUAUACUUAUCUUUAAUGAUCUAAAGGACGCCUCCUCUCAAAUAAACUCCUCUUCUCUCUAGUAAAGAUCCCCAUCCCCCUCAUGCUGUUAUAUUUGUAUUUGAUGCCCCUUCCCUGGCGAACGCCGCGACUAACAGACGCCUACCUCGACCUCCCAAUGACGAUUAUUUCAGAAUACUAGAACAAAGUGACAUAGAGGAAAAUCGUUGAAUUAACUAGUAAUCAGUUUCUUGCUUGAUUAGUAAGGCUUUCCACAUUGCAUUUUGUUCCGUGAGUUCAAAGUGAAAAAACCGUUCUUUGAUAUUUUUGAUGUGCUCAAUACGUCAGCAACUUUCUUCCGGCCUGUUCUAGCACGGUAGCAUCUAGGUCAAACAAGACCCACUUCGCGUUUUCGUUUUCCGCAAACGUGGACAGAAAGGAAUUCGCUUUCAAAGUACAUUAGUUUUAUUGAAGGUGGUACAUUUAUCAGAAUGAACGCUUCCUAAAACGACCCCUAUUCUUUAGAUCGCCAGAACCCCCGAGCUUUAGCCUGUGUACAGACGCUCACCCUCCUAAAAGAUAUCGAGGAGGGAGGAGGGGCGUCUGUACACAGGCUACCAAUCCUUCAUUCAGAAAACAGUGUACCAAAUAAAUCUUAGAGGCCCAUUGCUGGUAACAAGCUAGGUCCCUGGCAAGAAAGUUGUGUUUGAAUCCCACGCGCAGUCGUCUACCUAACCGACUAGAAUAAAACUGCUGAAACUGUAGAUACUUAACCUGCCGUCUCGUAUUGAACGGAGUUUAUGAUUAGUGACUAGCUUUUCAUAAUCUGUUGGGGUUCCCGUGUUCAUCGGCGGUUGAUACUCGACAUUUUCAAUAUAAUAACCCCAAUUUUUUCCUCACAAGAAAAUAAACUAAAAGGCAAUGUCUCUUGCAGGAUUUUAAGGUGGUGAUGGAAUACUCGCAGGAGCAACUAAACUACUUCAGACUGUGCUACAUAGCAUUUGAUUUGGUUCCAGUGGGACUGCGGCAGAUUUUCAAAAACGAGUGGGAUUUCCUUUAUACAGGAACGUUAAUUGGAGAAUGGAAAGACACUGCACAAAAUGGUCAUGAUUUCUACAACAAAGAGUCUAAAGCAAGUCGCAAGAAAAACGCCCGAUGUCUGGCAAUAAUCCACAAUGGUGACACGGCAGCGUGGGACUCCACCAGUUUGUUUUUUGCCAUUCUGUACUCAGACAGCAUUGGUAAAACCUUAAGCCCAGUUGUCCGUAAAGACGUCGAUGAUAUUCGUCAGGUGCGAAACAAGAUCGCUCAUAUCACCGAGGCUAAGUUGACAGAUGCCGACUUCCAAACUUAUGUAGACAGACUGUUGAACGCUUUUACAUCCCUUGGUCUGGCUAUAACUGAGAUUCAAAAAAUAAAGAACCAGACGACCUUUCCGACGAAGGAAGUGGAAAAAAUUAGGAAGCAAGUUCGUGAUCCCCAAACCGAGUUAGAUCAGACAAAAAGCACUCUACAAAGUACCGAAGCUGCCCUGGUUUCUCUCACACAGGAAAAAAGUGUAGAACUUCAGCCAUUUUGCAUUCUCGCAUCGUGCCCACCACACGAUACUAUCAGGCGCUCGCAUGACAUUGAAAGAAUCACUAACGAAAUGCAGGAAAUUUACAAAAGUUCAAGCGGAGCAGUCAGUACAGUGUAUUUGUCGGGAACUCCAGGAUGUGGCAAGAGCCAACUUGCCCGGGAAAUUGGACAACAGUUCUUUUCUGAACAAAACGAUGAUCUGAUCUUUGUGGCGACGAUGAACACAGAAAGCAUUGACAAACUUGCUGACUCUUACCUCACCCUUGGGAGAUACUUAGGGAUAACAGAAUACGCGUUGAAAGGCUUAGAAUCUAUAAAAUCAGAGAAACCUAUCGAAGCAAUUAAACAGCUCCAUCGCUUGAUUUUACCGAAGACCAGCAAGUUUACCAAAUGGUUGAUAAUAGCAGACAAUGUGAUUGAUUUACGCUUAGUCCGCGACUUGCUUCCUCAAACUGGCAGUAAAGAAUGGGGCCAUGGGCAAGUGCUGAUUACCACCCAAGAUAGUGGUACAAUUCCUCAAAACGCUCCUCACACGUAUCAUGAAUCGUUAAGCAAAGGAAUGAGGCGGAACGAGGCAGUGGAAUUGCUAGAAACAGUAUCGCAAAUUUCCGAGCGAGUACAAGCAGAAAAUGUCGCUGAACUACUCGAUUUUCAGCCACUGGCCUUAGCCGCUGCUGCUUAUUACGUGCAAACUGUUGUGACCAGUGGGUCUUCAAAUUAUGAUUGGAAGACGUACCUUCAAGACAUAUCAACAUACAGCCAGAGAAAAAAGACCGAAACUGUCCUUGCUAAUGAGAGUUCAGCCUACGCUAAAACAACAAUGGCUGCAGUAGAAAUGGCUAUCCAAAGAGCUGUUGAAACAGACGAGGUUCUUCUUCAUACAUACUCUUUUCUUUCGCUCUGCGCUAACGACGACCUACCACUCGAAACUGUCUUAAAGUUCGUCAAAGCCCAAGUAAAGGACCAUCCAGAGGUUUUAAUGAAGGCAAAGAUUAUAAAGUCCUCUUUAAGUCUUGUUCAUUUCGAAGAAGAGGGUGAACGAACUUAUUUCCGUUUAGAUAAAGUUGUGCAUGACGCUUUGAAACGAGGCGAGAUAGCUAACCUGAAAUCAUGCCGGGAGAGGGACCACACCAUGGCAGAAGCGGUAAAGAUUUUCAACUCCCAACUCAAAGAAAAUUACGAGAACUAUGCGUUUUGCAAAAAAUUGAGGUCCCACUGUGAAUCUUUACUUAAGCAGAUGACGUCAGAGUUUAGUUCAGAUGAAAGCACUUUUUCAGAAAGGUUUGCGCCCUUCAUAGAUUUGGAUACAGUUAUUGAUUGGCUACAUAAUCUCGCCUGGGUCUGUCAAAAAAGCUCCUAUUUCUUCUUUGCGAAAAUUGUGGUCAACUUAGCAUACGAUUUACUGGGGAACUUAGACGACACUUCAACGAGUGCGUUAUCUCGUAAAGGGGGGAUUUUGAAUGUGAGUGGCGAGGUGUACAACAGCCUGGGAGAAUACAAUCAAGCCAAAGAACUUCACAAAAAAGCACUGACGAUUUACGAAAAGAUUUUUGGUGAAGAUCAUGCCGAUGUAGCAACAAGUUAUAACAACUUGGCAUUAGUGUACGACACGCUGGGAGAAUACAAUCAAGCCAAAGAACUUCACGAAAAAGCACUGAUAAUUCGCAAAAAGAUUUUUGGUGAAGAUCAUGCCGAUGUAGCAACAAGUUAUGACAACUUGGCAUUAGUGUACAAACGCCUGGGAGAAUACAAUCAAGCCAAAGAACUUCACGAAAAAGCACUGUUAAUUCGCAAACAGAUUUUUGGUGAGGAUCAUGCCGACGUAGCAACAAGUUAUAACAACUUGGCACCAGUGUAUAACCGGCUUGGAGAAUACAAUCAAGCCAAAGAACUUCCCGAAAAAGCACUGAUAAUUUGCAAAGAGAUUUUCGGUGAAGAUCAUGCCGAUGUAGCAACAAGUUAUAACAACUUGGCAUUAGUGUACGUCACCCUGAGAGAAUACAAUCAAGCCAAAAAACUUCACGAAAAAGCACUGUUAAUUCGGAAAAAGAUUUUUGGUGAAGAUCAUGCCGAUGUAGCAACAAGUUAUAACAACUUGGCAUUAGUGUAUAACAGCCAGGGAGAAUACAAUCAAGCCAAAGAACUUCACGAAAAAGCACUGACGAUUUACAAAAAGAUUUUUGGUGAAGAUCAUGCCGAUGUAGCAACAAGUUAUAACAACUUGGCAUUAGUGUACGACACGCUGGGAGAAUACAAUCAAGCCAAAGAACUUCACGAAAAAGCACUGACGAUUUACAAAAAGAUUUUUGGUGAAGAUCAUGCCCAUGUAGCAACAAGUUAUAACAACUUGGCAUUAGUGUACAACAGCCUGGGAGAAUACAGUAGAGCCGAAGAUCUUCUCCGAAAAGCACUGAUCAUUUACAAAAAGAUUUUUGGUGAAGGUCAUGCCGAUGUAGCAACAAGUUAUAACAACUUGGCAUUACUGUAUAACAGCCUGGGAGAAUACAAUCAAGCCAAAGAACUUCUCAAAAAAGCACUGAUAAUUCGCAAAAAGAUUUUUGGUGAAGAUCAUGCCGAUGUAGCAACAAGUUAUAACAGUUUGGCAUUAGUGUGCGAAGCCCUGGCAGAAUUCAAUCAAGCCAAAGAACUUCGCGAAAAAGCACUGAUAAUUCGCGAAAAGAUUUUUGGUGAAGAUCAUGCCGAUGUAUAGCAACGAGUUAUUACAACUUGGCAUUAGUAUAGGACACCCUGGGAGAAUACAAUCAAGCCAAAGAACUUCACGCAAAAGCACUGUUAAUUCCCAAAAAGAUUGUUGGUGAAGAUCAUGCCGAUGUAGCAACAAGUUAUAACAACUUGGCAUCAGUGUACAGCCGCCUAGGACAAUAUAAUCAAGCCAAGGAACUUUAAGAAAAAGCACUGACGAUUAGGAAACAAAUUUUCGGUGAAGAUCAUAAGUAUGUGGAAAGAAUUCGUAGUGAGUUGGUAUUAGUAAACAAACACCUUGUAAGCAGUCAAGCUGAGGGUCUGCACGACAAAGCACGUUGUUUGAUCCUAUAAAUUGUCUUAAUUGGCAAUAGGCUGUGUAGCAGUCGCUUCUGUCUCCUUUUAGCCAAAUAAGGUGAUUCCUUUUCAUUUCCAGCCCCUUCCCUUUGUUUCUAUUUUUGGCUCCUUCUUAUGCACCCUGCCCUCGCGCGUCUGGUUUGCUUUUCCCACUCAGCUAAGAGGAAACGGAGACGACUUCUACGCAAAAGAGUUGGAGGGUCCCCAAUAAGUUAUUCGGUAUCCGAGAUUUGGCUUAUUCUUAGGCUGGGAUACUGAAUUUUGGAGAAAUUGGAGAGGGAGAUGCGGAAUUUUAAUAUUACUAGCCUCCUAUAAACGGAAUACGAGACUUAGCGAUUUAACUAAUGGCCAAAGAUUCGGGAAAUGUUGUUGAAGAGAACUGGUAUUCCAUACUCAAGAAAAAAAGAAAACCUUUCUAUGUAUGUCAUGAAAGAUAUUGCUCAUCGUGGCGGUAUAAA